GCGUCUGCAGGAGCAACUUGCGAAGGAGCUUAAGGAGAAGGAACUUCUGGACAUAGAAGCUGAAGAACUGACUCUGAAGUUAGAGGAAGUCCAGGACACGACUGAAUGGGCAGCAGACAAUGCGGCGUGGACUGAGCAGGUCCAAGUUGAUUGGCACCGUGAGGCCUUGUGGAGCUACUACCGGAAUCACAGGGCCGAGGUGGUCCGGCUUCGGCACCGCGCAGCUGCACUGGAGCGUACCCAAUUGCAAGCCCAACAGUUACAAGCAAAGUCCAAAGGGACAGAGGAUGUGUCCAUGCUGAAGAGAGCUGUGGAGCAGCUGACUGCACAGAAUGAGGGCUUGGCAUCUGCUUUAGCUGCAAAGACCAAGCUGGUGGAGGAACAAAGAUACCUGCAGCAGACAAGCCUGGAGAUGCUGGAGACACAGCAAGAUCUUGAAGUUCAACUCUCGGAGGAAUUGCAGUCUCUGCAGGCCCGCGAGGAGCAGUUGGAGGAGCUGGCUUUGCAGCUCUGCCAGAUUCGAAGGCAGAUGCAAAGCCAGCGGCUGGCCAGCAGCGCUGAGGUUGCCAGAUUGGAGAUUCGGCUGCAGAUGCUGCGCUCCAGCGGCAAAGCCGCUGGUGCUGCUGCCUUAGUGCGUGACGAGGCAGAGCUGGGAGUUACCUUCCACUCCCUAUGCGCGCUCCAUCGUUGCUACCAGAAGGCAUGCAUAUUGAGUCGCAGCAUUCAUGAGCACUUCAUCGCAGAUGCCGCGCUGGCAGUUCUGCAGGACGCCGCAUCGAUGAGGUGGCUCUGCUCGGUGAGCUUAGCUUCCACACAGCUGGCCUAUGCCGCAUUGGGAGUGCUCGGCUGCCUCUACUCUGCGGAUGUGGAGAGGUACUGCUGGCUGGUGCGCAACGCUGCCUUCAGCAGCUGUGCGUCAGAGGCUUCGCUGGACGCGGGUCUAGCAGUUCUGCUGCAGACCUUUGAGGGCGCACACAAGACCUCCGAUGCCUCCAGGGCAGAAGUCGUGGCCGCCCUGCGGGCACACGGAGCCCAACUGGUUUCGCUGCAGAAAGCCCUCUUUAAGGACCAGCAGUUCGCAUCCUGGCAACGUGCAAGCUGUGCGGUGGAAGCCCUGCGUGGAGUCUGCGCCUCUGCGCUCUAUGCAUCGGCAGAUGCGGGUGGGUCGCAGCGGAAGCGCUGGCAGGAACUCUAUGACCAGGCGAAUCGCUUCAUUAAUCGCUUUCAAGCCGCAGGUCCAGCUGACACGGGCCUGCUAGCCAUUGAGCCAUCUGAAGAGCGCACCAAGCGACGCGGCAGUGACGGAAGUGAUGACGAAGAGGAAGACGAGGAGGAUGAGCGGGAGGAGGUUGAGGAGGUUGAGCCAGGACGCCAACACCAAAGUGGUCCACCCAGAGGUCUCACGCAGUUGUUACUGGAUGGGUUAUUACGGCACUCGCUUGCGCUACAGCCGCUCGCACAACAUGAAGCCACCGCUGAUGCAGAUGCGCUGCAGCGAACCUUCAGCCAUGUCGAAAUGCAGCUGGAAGACUUGGCCGACAUGUUCUCGUCCGCAGACGUGUCUGCUGCUAAGGCUAAGGCUUCUGGGCAGAGGCCAUGGGAGCGUGCCAGGGCCAGGAAGCGGGUCAGCCUCGAGGUAGCGGAGCAGGCUGCGCAGCCGGCCCUUGAGCAAGCAACCAAAGGCCUUGCCAAGGUCCAGGAUUCGCUGCAGCGAGUAGAAGAUCGCCUUGCAAAGGCGAAGCAGCAGAUGCAGGAGGCAGAGCGGCAGUUUGGGGCUGCACGCAUUCAAUCGGAGAGGCGGGCGUUGAUCUUGGCGAGCGUGGAGCAGAUGCAGAAGCAAGCCAAGGCAGGAACACAGGCAUGCUCGAUCCUUCAAGAGGAAUUGAGCAAACAGAAGCAAGAGUGCAGCCGGAUGGAAGACACAAUGGCAGAGGCAAAGGCAAGGUGUAAAGAGCUACGUCAUCGCCUUGACGAGCUUGAGAGAAGGAUUAUGCGGCGCUACUGCAAUGAUGUGCCGCCUGAAGAGGUGUUAGCAUUGCGACGUGCGGUGGUGCGCCAAUCUGCCGAAAUUCGCGAACUUCAGGUCUUGCAGCAUUCGCGCUGGGAUGCCCGGCUGCAGCACAGUGGCGGCCAGCUUGUCCAGCAAGGGCUAGAGGGAGCUGAAGACGUUGGCAGCCUGUGGGAGGAGCUGCAGUCGUUCAGAGAUGGCCUUCUGCAUGAGCAAAUUCAACCUCAGAUCGCAAUGUUCGAGCCAGAGCCAGAGGCUGCACCAGAGUCAUCUUCACGGAAAGCCCGUCUGCUGGAGCUAGCCCAGGAGCUGAAGGGUUUGCGUGAGCGCAUCACGGACUCUGCCAAGCAGUCCUCGACCUCAGCGAAGGGCGCACUGGGCGCCUUGGGUGCCCAGCAGCAGCAAGUGCACGAUUCCGUCGCUCUUACACGGUUCCUCCGUGCAACAUCUGCAAAGGUCCCAGCCAGCACCGUUUCAGUCCCUUCCGCAAGCAACUUCUCACUUCCCGUGUUAAUGGACGAAACCAGCUUAGCCUCUCUCCAUCAGACCAUCUUACCUGCCAGCCUGGGUGGUCGCUGA